UUAUUCGAGCAAACGCACAUUUAGAGACAUGUCUUUAAACAACUAUCUCCUACUUGGUGUACUGUUCUGCUGCGCUUCCGCCGCAGAACUGAAAACCUUCGAGGUCACAGAAUUUGAUUCUGGCGACGGGGCCGGUCGUGUCGUGGGUGGUUCAGAUGCUCCAGACGGUGCUCUUCCCUACCAAAUAUCUCUGCAGCUAACAAAAAAAAACAACUUUCAUACGUGUGGCGGUGCCAUAAUCGCUGACAGAUGGGUCCUUACUGCUGCGCAUUGUCUCAAAAAUAAAUCACCAAGUGAUUUGACCAUUUUGGCGGGAACCAACUCAAUCACUAAAGGAGGCACCAGAUAUAAAAUUGACAAAAUCCUAACUCAUGAAAAAUACACAUUGAAUCCCAAUCUAAACGAUAUUGCUUUGUUGAGAACUGCUGAGAAGAUUAAAUUUACGGAGAAAGUUAAAGCCAUUGAAUUAGCAACCGAAGACCCAAAACCAGGAGAAAAGUGUAAAUUAGCUGGAUGGGGAUUCACCACUCAAUAUCAGGGAAAAUCUCCUGACAAAUUGCAAUGGUUGGACGUAAAUAUUAUAUCUGAGAAAGAUUGUAAAACUGAUUAUUUGCGAAACUUUGAAGACAGUCACCCUAUUACUCCUAACCACAUCUGUAUUCUCAACAAGGAAGGUGAAGGUGGUUGUCAGGGUGAUUCUGGUGGGUCAUUGGUGUGCAACAAAAAAUCAUGUGGUCUAGCCUCGUGGAAUAUUCCAUGUGCCACAGGCCAGCCUGAUGUCUUCACGAGAACCAGUAAAUACACUUCAUGGAUUAAGGACACCAUGGAAGCCAAUAAGCCUUAAACAAUAUCAACGAAAUACCGAUAUUUCAUUCUACUUACAUUCGACUAAUAAUUGACUUGUAAUAAAUGAAGUAAAGACAGAA